GGAUGCUGCAGGCGGAACCUGGCCGAGCGAGCGGGAUUCGGGGGCGCUAAAGUCGCCGGGGCAGGGCGGGAAGGAAGAUCCGGAGCGGGGCACAGGAUUCGGAGCUGGAGCCCCCAGAAUCUUCCGUCCGUGAAGAAGAGGGCAGGUCAGCACAAGUGAGGCCGGCUCCAUGUAUCCGGAAUCGACAACGGGCUCCCCAGCGCGGCUCUCUCUGCGGCAGACGGGCUCCCCCGGCAUGAUCUACAGUACUCGGUAUGGGAGCCCCAAAAGACAGCUCCAGUUUUACAGGAACCUGGGCAAGUCGGGCCUGCGGGUCUCCUGCCUGGGGCUCGGAACAUGGGUGACCUUCGGAGGCCAGAUCACCGAUGAGAUAGCAGAGCAGCUGAUGACCUUGGCCUACGACAAUGGCAUCAACCUCUUCGAUACUGCAGAAGUCUACGCGGCGGGCAAGGCUGAAGUGGUAUUAGGAAACAUCAUCAAGAAGAAGGGAUGGAGACGGUCCAGCCUGGUCAUCACCACCAAGAUCUUCUGGGGAGGAAAAGCGGAGACCGAGAGGGGCCUUUCCAGGAAGCACAUAAUAGAAGGUCUGAAAGCCUCGCUGGAGCGGCUGCAGUUGGAGUACGUGGAUGUGGUGUUUGCCAACCGCCCGGACCCCAACACGCCCAUGGAAGGGGACCCAUUUAGUUCCUCCAAGUCAAGGACAUUCAUCAUAGAAGAGACCGUGCGCGCCAUGACCCACGUCAUUAACCAGGGGAUGGCCAUGUACUGGGGCACGUCACGCUGGAGCUCCAUGGAGAUCAUGGAGGCCUAUUCCGUGGCCCGACAGUUCAACCUGAUCCCGCCCAUCUGCGAGCAGGCGGAGUACCACAUGUUCCAGCGCGAGAAGGUGGAGGUCCAGCUGCCUGAGCUCUUCCACAAGAUAGGAGUGGGCGCCAUGACCUGGUCCCCUCUGGCCUGCGGCAUCGUUUCCGGAAAGUACGACAGUGGCAUCCCGCCCUACUCAAGAGCCUCCUUAAAGGGCUACCAGUGGCUGAAAGACAAGAUCCUGAGCGAGGAGGGCCGGCGCCAGCAGGCCAAGCUGAAGGAGCUGCAGGCCAUAGCUGAGCGCCUGGGCUGCACCCUCCCCCAGCUGGCCAUAGCCUGGUGCCUAAGGAACGAGGGAGUCAGCUCCGUGCUCCUGGGUGCUUCCAGCGCAGACCAGCUAAUGGAGAACAUUGGAGCGAUACAGGUCCUUCCAAAACUGUCGUCUUCCAUUAUCCACGAGAUUGAUAGCAUUUUGGGCAAUAAACCCUACAGCAAAAAGGACUACCGAUCCUAAGAAGCCCCCGGCCGCUUGCCCGGACAGUUUCUGUUUCCCUCCCAAGUCUCUCUGUUCGCUCGCUUAAGCUGUUUCGAAGCCAAGUCAGGGGUGUGGUUUGCAUCAAAAAGAAAACAUCACGCGGCACGAGAUGUUGUGGGGAAAA